AUGGAACAAACGCGAUCAGAACCAGCCCUGUCACCAAAACUAGAUACAGCAUUCCUUUCAGCAGCAAACAUUGAGGAGCUUGCAGCACUAUCCAACUCUCCCGCCACGCCUGUGAUAUCGAUGCCGUCACCAGCACACAGUCAAGCAUUCUCACACUCAACCAAGGACGGGAACGAUGGAGCAACGGAAAUUACAGCCAUCGAACUCGCGUCGUCGACUCAGUCACUGGCGCAGAAGGAGACAAUUUCGGCGAUAGCCAAGGAAAUCAAAGCUGAAGACAUCAAGAGAAAAUGCACAGAAAGCAAGCCGUUAGAUAUAUCCCGGCCAAUCAUCUCUUGGCCCAAGACCGAAAGCAUCCUCUGGCGGCCUAUGGAAAACUUGCAAAAUCCUCUGGCAAGACUUGACCGACUGGCCCCGGAACUGAUCGACCGCAUCAUGCAUUUCACCCAGAAUCGGGCGGCCAACACCUGCCUGGGCCUGACCUGUUCCGCGCUGUGGACCGUCCACUUCGCCAGAAAUGGACCUUCCAGGCUCGAUGAGAUCUCUCCCAUCUGGGUCGAGAACAUCGAUAGCGACUGGGACAGCGCCCGCGCUUGGUUCCGGCCGUCGACCAUCCGCUGCUACGCCUUGCAUAAGCUCAUCAGGGAGUUUAUGGGUCCUGGCAUGGUGUACGAUCGCCACAGAGGAUUGUUCAGAAAGACGGGAGUUAUGCGCGAAGAGGCGCGCCGCGAGGCGGAGAUCAGGCCGAUCGCAGCUGAGCCACCUCCCGGGAUUCCGUACUUCUUCAAUGAUACAAAUAGUGAUUGCCGUGCAGGGGAUAUAUUUUACUUUGUACCUAUGCUUUACGACUAG